AUGAACCCUCCUUCAGAGCCGCGAGUCCCUCUGGGCCCAGGCCAGGGACCCAGCUGUGUGGCCACCCCAGCCUCACCCAGCAGGUGGGACAGCUCCCGGAGCAGCGCCUCCAGCCUGGGCCAACCUCUGCCUGUCAGUCCCACGGCAGCCAGGGCUCAGGCUGAUGCCUGGGUCCCCUUCCCCACAGUCGAUGUUCCAGACCACGCCCACUACACUAUGGGCACAGUGAUCCUGCUAGUGGGGCUCACGGGGAUGCUGGGCAAUCUGACGGUCAUCUAUACCUUCUGCAGGAGCAGAGGCCUCAGGACACCUGCCAACAUGUUCAUUAUCAACCUCGCGAUCAGCGACUUCCUCAUGUCCUUCACCCAGGCUCCUGUCUUCUUCGCCAGCAGCCUCUAUAAGCAGUGGCUCUUUGGGAAGGCAGGCUGCGAAUUCUAUGCCUUCUGUGGGGCUCUCUUCGGCAUCACCUCCAUGAUUACCCUGACGGCCAUCGCCCUGGACCGCUACCUGGUGAUCACACGCCCACUGGCCACCGUUGGGGUGGUGUCCAAGAGGUGGGCAGCGCUUGUCCUGCUGGGCGUCUGGCUCUACGCCCUGGCCUGGAGUUUGCCACCCUUCUUUGGCUGGAGUGCCUAUGUGCCAGAGGGGCUGCUGACCUCCUGCUCCUGGGACUACAUGAGCUUCACGCCGUCGGUCCGCGCCUACACCAUGCUGCUCAUCUGCUUCGUGUUCUUCCUCCCUCUGCUUGUCAUCGUCUACUGCUACGUCUUCAUCUUCAGGGCCAUCCGGGAGACAGGCCAGGCUCUCCAGACUUUCCAGGCCUGCGAGGGCGGUGGUGAGUGCCCGCGGCAGCGGCAGCGGCUGCAGAGCGAGUGGAAGAUGGCCAAGAUCGUGCUGCUGGUCAUCCUUCUCUUCGUGCUCUCCUGGGCCCCCUACUCUGUGGUGGCCCUGGUGGCCUUUGCUGGGUAUGCGCAUGUGCUGACACCCUACAUGAACUCGGUGCCAGCUGUCAUCGCCAAGGCCUCUGCCAUCCACAACCCCAUCAUUUAUGCCAUCAUCCACCCCAAGUAUAGAAUGGCCAUCGCCCAGCACCUGCCCUGCCUGGGGGUGCUGCUGGGCGUGUCAGACCAGCGCACUCGCCCGUACACCAGCUACCGCUCCACCCACCGCUCCACACUGAGCAGCCAGGGCUCGGACCUCAGCUGGAUCUCUGGACGGAGGCGCCAAGCGUCCCUAGGCUCUGAGAGCGAAGUGGGCUGGAUGGACACGGAGGCAGCAGCUGUGUGGGAGGCUGCCCAGCAAAUGAGUGGAUGGCCCCCCUGCGGUCAAGGCCUGGAGGACAUGGAAGCCAAGGCUCCUCCCAGGUCCCAGGGAUGGGAAGCAGAGGCUCCCCAGAAGACCAAGGGGCUGCUCCCCAGCUUGGACCCCAGGACGUAG